UUACGUUCAUUGUGACAUUCGGCUUCCAAACAUUGUCCUUGUUCCUGAUAUCAGCGAUUAUAGAUAUAUUCUUAUCGAUUUUGAGCAUGGUAGUAAAGGUGGAUUAGAAGCAACUGAACAUUUGAAGGAUUGGGACAAUGCAACGCUAACGAAGAAUAAUAGCACAAUCUGA